UUUUUUUGACACCCAAAACCCCAAAUGGCGUUCCAUAGUAUGGUAAUGAGUAUGAAUCUGUGUUUACUCCUGCAAAAGUGAUUGCUUUUCAUAUAAAGGCUUUAUCUACCUUCCCAAUUAAAAUACGAACAUAUAGUUUAUGGAAAAGAGAUGUUGUAUGUUUCUGGACGAUGCACCCUGCUGCCUUGUUGACAACAUGACCAAACGGUGCAGAUUACUGUUGUAUUUGAGAAUGGCGCUCCUCCCUCGCCGCUUUUGCCCAUUCCCGUCGCUGGCCAUAGACUCGGGUUAAUAGAACUCCCUCGCUGCCAUUUUGACGGUUCCUCACAUGAUGACCGUGUCGACAAGGAUUUGAUGCGUCUUAAUAAUUAAACCAGCCUGUUAAUCGAAUACAUUGUUAUACCUGGGUCUUACAAAACCAGGCAAACAUAGAGAUCUGCAAGCUUAUUUUCCUCGCUGCGAAUCCUGUUUGUCACUGGUGAAGGUUAGCUAAAACUGUAUAGCAAGGUUAGCAAAACAUUACUGUGAAGAUGAUGAGGAAGACUGUUACGACGAAGCUUCUGGGAUCCAUGCGAGGGUUCCCAAGCCACCGAGUAAACUAUGCCGUGAAUGCUGUUGCGAGAGAAUUGAUCAAAAGUAGGGAACUGGAGAACGAUGAGUUGCGACCUCUGUACAUGGAUUUUCAAGCAACAACACCAAUGGAUCCAAGAGUUCUGGAUGCAAUGCUUCCCUAUCAAGUUAAUUAUUAUGGUAACCCUCACUCCAGAACACAUGCAUAUGGCUGGGAAAGUGAAAGUGCAAUGGAAAAAGCUAGAAAGCAAGUGGCAGACCUGAUUGCUGCAGAUCCUCGUGAGAUCGUGUUCACAAGUGGUGCCACUGAAUCCAAUAAUAUGUCAAUCAAAGGUGUGGCCCGAUUUUACAAAUCCAAGAAGAAGCAUGUGAUCACCACUCAGACGGAGCAUAAGUGUGUGCUGGACUCCUGUCGAGUCUUGGAGGCAGAGGGCUUUGACAUAACCUAUCUUCCUGUGAAGACUAAUGGCUUGGUUGACCUACAGCUACUGGAGGAAACAAUUCGUCAAGACACAAGUUUGGUGUCUGUGAUGACCGUGAACAAUGAGAUUGGUGUGAGGCAGCCUGUCGAAGACAUAGGUCGAAUCUGCCGGUCAAGGAAUGUGUUCUUCCACACUGAUGCAGCUCAAGCUGUGGGAAAAAUCCCCAUCAAUGUAUCUGACUGGAAGGUAGACCUGAUGUCCAUCAGCGGGCACAAAAUAUAUGGUCCCAAAGGGGUCGGGGCACUGUAUGUGCGGCGCCGGCCCCGGGUUCGAAUGGAGCCACUGCAGAAUGGUGGAGGCCAGGAGAGGGGGCUUCGCUCAGGGACAGUGCCCACUCCUCUGGCUGUGGGACUGGGAGCAGCCUGUGAUAUAGCCCAGCAGGAGCUAGAGUAUGAUCACAGCCGGGUGUCCAUGUUGGCAAACCGCCUUGUGCGCAAAAUCAUGUCAGAGAUCCCUGAUGUUGUGAUGAAUGGUGAUCCGGAGCAAAGAUACCCAGGAUGCAUUAAUUUGUCCUUUGCCUACGUGGAGGGAGAGAGUCUGUUGAUGGCCCUGAAGGAUGUCGCUCUAUCAUCCGGCAGUGCCUGCACUUCUGCUUCAUUGGAGCCUUCAUAUGUCUUGAGAGCUAUUGGAACAGAUGAGGACCUGGCCCACUCCUCAAUCAGAUUUGGAAUCGGACGAUUUAGCACGGAGGCAGAAGUGGACUAUACAGCGGACAAGUGCAUUCAGCAGGUCAAACGCCUGAGAGAGAUGAGCCCCUUGUGGGAGAUGGUGCAAGAAGGAAUCGAUCUGAAGAGCAUCAAAUGGACGCAGCACUAAAGAAAGCCUUCAGGAAACAUACCUAAGAGCAUUGUGAAUAUUAAGCUUGUUUAGUUUGCUGCAUACUAUGCCACUCCUGUGAUGAGUGGUAAUUAUUUAUACUGUCAAGAAACACGCACAACUUCCUGACUUACUUUAGUGUAGGCUUAUGACUAGAUUUUGUAUUGCUAGACCUGAAUAAUUUUUCCUUUUGUAUUUGACAAAGUAUUAUUAUUGAUGCAUAUAUUGUGCUCUUAAGUAGUUAAAGUUUGUGUUCAUACACACAUCCUUAAAAAUGUAGGUGCUGGGCUAAUAAAGAAACCUUGUAAAGAACAAAGUCCCUUAAAGCAUUUAAUUGGGAGCAUAAAUUUGUGUACAUACCUUCCUGUUCUUUACAAGUGCUCUUAACAUAAUUUAUCAGCUGCUUUGACCAUGGGAUUCCAUGACUGAGAGCAAGUUACAGAAUGGUUUAUUCAUGUAGCAUGUGCAACAUUCCAUUUAGUUCAUGGUUAAGUCAUUAUACGUUGACAGCAUGCUAACAAGGUUAAAGUACAGGUUUCAUGUCACUAAAUGACUAAAUUGAUAAAAUAUUUCCCUCAUCUCAAUGUGUGAAAUUUAAUGCCAAUCUUAUAGGUUAAAAGUCUUCCAAUCAUGGAAAUUCUCCCCAGUUGGUUUGUAUACAGUCUCUGGCAAAAUGUGUAUUGUUUGUAUGAAUCUUGCAUGUUAUCAUUUAAACUGAUUUGAAAAUGUAUUGUGAGGGAAGUAUGCCAACUCAUUUACAUGGCCAGCUGUUUUGUGAUAUCAGUAUAAUCUACCACCACCAUGACUGAACAUUUACAAUGCUUGUUGUUUCUGUUUGUACAUGCAGCAGAUGGCACAGCAGACUCAUUACUCUUCCCAAAAUGUCUUUCCAUAAUGUCCAACAGCAAUUAAUCUCACAUAAUACAUACAUACAUGCAUAUGUUUGUAGCUAGCACUCCAAUAAAAAUUUGAUUCGGCCUGAC